CAAGGGCCAAAGACAGGUGCCCCACGCUUCAAGUUAAAAUAACUCACUCAUUGGACGGUAGUUGCACAGUAGGGAAGCGACUCCCUGGAAAUUACAUUUGACACACCUGUCGUCAAUUGCUUACAGCUGAGCCGGAGUAGUAACACAAGACCGAGUAGGAUACUUCUCUCACAACAUUGGAGGUUUGUGAAUUAUGUUCAGGACAGCUGAAGGAGCUCCGGGAGACAUGGAGUUCAGGGAUCUAACGACCAGGGUCGGACUCUGGUAUGGGAACUUCAUGAAUAAUGCAGACCCCAGGACAGAAGACUGGUUUCUCAUGUCAUCGCCGCUCCCUCAGACCGUAGUAAUCGUGGCGUACAUCUACUUUGUGACGCGGCUGGGGCCCCGGCUCAUGGAGAAACGCAAGGCCUUCCACCUCAAAGAAGUUCUCAUCAUCUACAACUUCAGUGUCGUUGCCUUGUCCCUCUACAUGUGCUAUGAGUAUGUGAUGUCGGGCUGGGGGACGGGCUACACGUUCCACUGUGACCUAGUGGACUACUCGGACUCGCCGCAGGCAGUGAGGAUGGCAGGGACGUGUUGGCUCUACUACUUCUCAAAGUUCAUAGAGAUGUUGGAUACGAUCUUUUUUGUUCUGAGGAAGAAGAACAGCCAGAUUACGUUCCUCCAUGUCUACCAUCACUCCAUAAUGCCCUUUACCUGGUGGUUUGGUGUCCGCUUCGCUGCAGGUGGCCAGGGGACAUUCCAUGCCCUGUUGAACUGUGUGGUCCAUGUCAUCAUGUACUCUUACUACGGCCUGUCUGCCCUGGGCCCCGCCUACCAGAAGUACCUCUGGUGGAAGAAGUAUCUCACCACCAUUCAGCUGAUCCAGUUUGUGAUCGUGACCACCCACAUCUGGCAGUAUUUCUUCAUGAAGGACUGUCCCUACCAGUUCCCAAUCUUCAUCUACAUAAUAGGCCUCUACGGCCUGGUCUUUCUCCUCCUCUUCCUCAACUUCUGGUACCACGCCUACACCAAGGGCAAGAGGCUGCCCAAGGUCCUUCAAGCCAAAACUUGGGCCCACCCCUACAAUAAAACUAAUGGCCAAUACAAUAGUGAAAUAACCAAUGGGAAUGGUUUCCAUCACGACAAGAAUGAGUGACAGGGUGUCCAGCAAAUCAGGCUAAGGAUUGGGGGUUGAAUGCAUUUGAAUAUCAGCCUAUUCAGCAACUGAAAUUAGACAUGGAAUUCCAAUAUAAAAGUCAGCGCACCUUUGAAUUCAAAGAGAAUUGACACCAACCCUCUGGACCUUCUGAUCUCUUCUGUUCUCUCUGCCAAGGCAAUCUCUUCUGUUCUCUCUGCCAAGGCAAUCUCUUCUGUUCUCUCUGCCAAGGCAAUCUCUUCUGUUCUCUCUGCUAAGGCGCAAUCUCUUCUGUUCUCUCUGCUAAGGCGCAAUCUCUUCUGUUCUCUCUGCUAAGGCGCAAUCUCUUCUGUUCUCUCUGCUAAGGCGCAAUCUCUUCUGUUCUCUCUGCUAAGGCGCAAUCUCUUCUGUUCUCUCUGCUAAGGCGCAAUCUCUUCUGUUCUCUCUGCUAAGGCGCAAUCUCUUCUGUUCUCUCUGCUAAGGCGCAAUCUCUUCUGUUCUCUCUGCUAAGGCGCAAUCUCUUCUGUUCUCUCUGCUAAGGCGCAAUCUCUUCUGUUCUCUCUGCUAAGGCGCAAUCUCUUCUGUUCUCUCUGCUAAGGCGCAAUCUCUCAAAGCUUUGACCCAAAGCUGUACUGUACUUUUGUAUUGCAUAUUUUCCAUUUUUAUACCUGUGCAUUCCUUUCCUGUUCAGGGUGAGUCUGUGUUUUUAAUAAACAGAUUUUGAAUGUUAGAUAAGUGUUAGGUUAGCCAAUGGUGAGACCGUUCAGUAGCUCUGUCUAGUUCUGUCAAACCAGCCUGAAUAACCCACACUUCCUAUGACCUGUUCUCCUCUGCUGUUUAGAAUUGGUGCUGAAGAAGCUCUCUAGUUUUGGCUGCAGGAUUCAGCUUUGUGACCUUGCGUUCAGCUGUUUUUUAUUUUUCAAUACCUGUAGUUUUUAUACAUUUGUUUGUACAUUUAAUCAUAAACAUUUCUAUAUUAUGUUAUUGGAGUCUAGCCUUGAGGAUGAUUUUGUCUAUCGGCCAUCUCCCAGUAAGGGCCUGAAUUAUUUCCUGGGCCUGUUCUCAUGGAUGGGAAAAACUCUGGGCCCUACCCAUAGUACACCUGUAAUGGUGGAGGGGUAUAGGAAAACCAUUGUGCCAGUAAGAACUGAUGUUUACAUGUAUACUGAGUGGAGAAUAUUCGUGGUGACCCCCUCUUUUGUAAAUUCCUCACCCACUUCUCUGGUUUGAGCCACAGCCUCUACUGGUGCUGAGAAAUGUUCAAUGCCAACCUGCUCCUGAUGACAGUUGUUGGUCUACUUUAAAAACUGUAUUUAUGUCCAACAGAAAUGACGGUGUGAAUUUGAAGCCAGAUAGGAAGGAGGUGGUGCAGUACUGUUCUUGCAGGAUCCGGAGCAGAGCACAAGUUUAGCUUUAGCUCUGUCACAAGCAUGGCACAAUAUUUGAAAAACAGUAGCCAUUGUUUACCACUACAUGCAUAUUCGUUAAAUCUUCUGUUCCAAAUUGAGUUCAGUUCAGUUAUGACUUGCUAUGCCAUGCUUAUGACAGUUUAAAGUGGACUUUCUCAUUGAGUGUGUUCAUAUUUGGUGCUCCCCUGGUGAUUGAGGACACAGCAUUAGCUGAGUGUAGGAUGGGCCUCCACAGGUGUAGUAAAACCCCAGUGCCUUGGGUGCAGGCUGAGUCCAAUAAGCAACAGCGAUCUAGCUGAUCUGCAAAUGAUUUGCUGAUGUUACCCAUGUGGGUUACGUACCGUUCAGUGCCUUUGUCAGAGCCCCUCCAGCUCCUUGAUGUAGUUAUGAGUGUCCUCCAGACAUGAUGCCACAAUAAUUCUGUAUAAAAAGUCAUUUGUAAAUGUAAUAUUUGUAUUUAUGAUAAAAAUAAAUGCUCUUUAUACUGUUA